AUCGAGCCAUCGACGAAUGACACGCGGCCACGUUACUGCGCAGGGAUUUGCUAUGGAGUUUUUUGAGCAGCUUGGCGCCGAGAGCUCGGGAGCAAGGCGCUAGGGUUCUUGGAGAAAUCUCGCGACGCGCGCUCGACCGGUAAGCCACUCCCGGACGCCUAGCCGUGGAAAUUCUCAGGAAAAUCGUGGCAAUGCGCGAUGGAUGAGCCACAUCUGGUGAGGAUUAUCGCGUGAAACCGGUGAGUGAGGCAGGGAUUUCGUCGCCGCUGGGCAUGGAGCAGCACCAGGGCACGGCGCCGGCCAUCGGGCAGCCGAUGCAAGCGGGAUUUCCAGCGCCGCCGGGCGGGGGAGCGCCAGGAACUCCCAUGGCGGCUGGUCAGGUUCCAGGAGCAGCGCAGUCGGCCGUGGCAUUCCAGCAAGCGCUAGGUUACCAGCAAAUGCAGCAGCAGCACCAGCAGCAGCUCCAGCAAUUCUGGCAGGGACAGAUGCAAGAAAUCGAGCAAGUGAACGAUUUCAAGAACCACCAGCUUCCACUGGCCCGGAUCAAGAAGAUCAUGAAGGCCGACGAGGACGUGAGGAUGAUCUCGGCGGAGGCACCAGUGCUCUUCGCAAAGGCGUGCGAGAUGUUCAUCUUGGAGCUCACGCUGCGCUCCUGGAUCCACACCGAGGAGAACAAGCGGCGGACGCUGCAGAAGAACGACAUCGCCGCGGCGAUCACUCGCACGGACAUCUUCGACUUUCUGGUGGAUAUAGUUCCCAGGGACGAGCUCAAGGAGGAGACUCUGGGAGUGACUCGAGCAGCCAUGCCGGUUGGGCCUCCAGGGGAUCCAAUGCAGUACCCGGGGUUGUACUACGUGCCUCCAGCGGCGCAGGGACAGGCGGCGGCGGGGGCGUCGCCGCUUGGAUCGCCGGUUGUGGGAAGACCAGCAAUGCCAGUUGAUCCAGCGAUGUUUUCUCAGCAGCGGCCGCAGGGAAUUCCCGGUCCUUACAUGACCCAGCAGCAAAUGUGGCCGCAGCAACCAGCGACCUCGAAUUCGUCCGGGGCUCCGGCAUCAAGCUCCUAGAAUCCACCAAGUAAGCUUCAUCCUUCCUCUCUCGUUCGUCUCUUUGUAAGGUUUCUCGCCAUUCUUCUCUUUGUAAGUUUUCCCGCCAUUCUUCUCUUCUUAA